UGGAGCAGUGAAAGAUGAAGGUCUGAAACAUUUUGUGUUUAACUGCUGUUAUAAUUCCAAUUUCUAUACUGUUUUGGCUCCUGGUGGCUCACAAUGUCUCAGAUGUACAUAAAGAGAGACACUCCCUGUACCACAUCUACACUGUUCACUACAGUUCGUCACAAAACACCAAUAACAUCACCAAGUUCACUGCUGCAGUCCUAUUUGAUGGUGAACAGGUAGACUACUUCAGUGAUAGCAAUGACAGGGUCUUGGAACAGACGGAAGAGUCCUGGAGGAAUAGAGCAACAAUAAGGAAAGAGCAUCAGACGUUUUUGAAUGAAUUUGAAGGUUUUAUCCACCUUCUGGAACUCAAUUCUAAAGGUCGGUGUAAGACUACACCUUAAAUAUGCAUGUUAUUACAAGUAUAUAUGAUGAGCUGUGUGUAAAAAGCUGUAAAUGAAUUAUUCUUGUGUGGAUUUCAGAUGAUCACCACUUUAUAAAGACACGUGGCUGUGAGAUUGAGAGGUCCUCUAGUGGAGAUGUGACCUUACUGAACACUACAGAUGAAUACAGACUCAAUGGAAAGGCCGUCCUCUAUUUUGAUGUUCACAACUAUCAGUGGAUGGUCCUGGACAAUGAGUUCCUUCCAGUUAAAGUAAUGUGGAAUAAUGAACCCCAUCGUAACCAAGUCACCAAGGACUACCUGCAGCAAAAGUGUAUGGAUAGACUCCUCAGUUACCUGAAUGAUAAUGAUAGUGACAGUAAUGAGAUGUCAGGUCUCCCCAACCUGGGUGAUUAUGAUGAUGAAAUUAAGGACAGUGCGACAGAAAAGAACAGCACCCUGUACGAGUAUAGUGACGAUUAUGAUAUAUAUUAUUCUUUAGAUAUACUGCCUGUACCCCCGGUUCCCUCAACUGAAAUGUUAAGCCUGACCAUAAUAAUAAUAAUAAUAAUAAUUAUUAUUAUUAUUAUUAUGGUGAUCAUUUUUGCACUGUACAGAAGAAGGACUGUUACUACCACAAAAUACUCUGGAGUGAUUACUUGGGUUCUUUUAACUUUUAAGAAGUGGAUAAGAAAAGAAAAAGCUGCAAAACCUCCAGGUAAAGAAGCUUCCAGAGAGGAAUUGAAAGUGUUAGUAAAUGAAGAUCAGGAUGGAGGAGAUGCAGAAGAACCUGACACUGAGGAUGAGGAUGAUGAUGGUAAGAACCUGGACAGAUGGACUCAGACUGCAGCUGGAGAAAGAUUCACUCGUUCACUGGAACAUCUACAUCGGUUUAGAUCUUCAAUGGACCGAACACCUCCAACUUUGAAAGGAUCCACUGCUUCAAUGGAUUUACCGCCAGUUAUGGGUGAUGAUGAUGAUGAUGGUGGUGGUCAGUACCACAGUCAGAACAGUCGGACUCGGACUGCAGGACUGACCACAGCUGGAGGACAGCUCAGCUCUAGAACCGCCUCUCUCCCUGCGUUUGCGUCAGAGAGGAGUGACUGCUCUGACUCUCAGUGAGACAAUUGCAGCAAAGGAGGCCGUUACUACCUCACAUCAAGAAGAUCCCCUCAAUCUUAAAGCCAUAGUUCAGCAAAACAUCUGAUUUACCCUGUUACUCCAGAUGUAGUUGAUCAGUCAAGGCACAUUUGGUGUCUGAAUGUUGCUUCUUUAGUUUUAGUUGAAGUAUUUACUAAGGAAUUCAUUUAAACACGACAUUAUAUGAAGUAAAAAUAUGUUACAUGAUUGUCUUUUAAGCUCUAAAAUCAGUAUUUAAGCUAGAGCUGUAUAGUAUUAAACUCAAUGUGAGAUUGUGUACUGUUAACUUGGCACUAACAUCACACUG